AUGUUACCCGCGAAAUAUAGUAGUGUUAUAGUUUUCUUCACAACUUUUUGGUUUUACGCAACUUUGACACACGGGAGUGGAUUUAGUCAUUCAACUAUUUUGGACCCUCAUGGGAAGUAUAAUCUAAAGUGGAGGUUUGACCGGAGAACUAUUACUUUUGAAAUAGAAGUGGAAACUAGAGGAUAUAUAGGAUUUGGUCUAUCUCCCAACGGUGCCAUGGCGUCGUCGGACAUUGUCAUUGGUGGAGUCACGGAUGGGACACCGUAUCUACAGGAUUACUUUGCAGACGCCAACAGAAAAGUGCACAGAGAUGUGCAGCAGAACUACAGGCUGCAGUAUGGCAGCGAGAACAGUACACACACAGUCCUGGCUUUCAGCAGGCACCUCCUGACCUGUGACACAAGUGACAAGGACAUCACGGAAAGCACAGUGAGGGUGAUAUGGGCCUACCACAGUGAGGAUGUGGGACCGUCAGGACCGAUGUACCAUGGAGUGAACAGGGGGAGGAAGAGUAUGCGGCUACUCGACCCAGGAAGUAAAGCUAAUAUUUCCUCUGAGAUUGACUUUUUCAACUUGCAAAACAUAAACGUGCCAGUGCCAUUCAAGGACACUACCUACUGGUGUCAGAUAUUUAAGAUCCAGGAGGUUCAGAAGAAGCACCAUAUCAUUAGAAUUGAGCCUUUGAUUCAAAGGGGCCAUGAAAACCUGGUUCAUCACAUUUUGUUGUAUCAAUGUGAUAGCACCUUGAAUGAGAGUGAGCUCAAGGCUGGCCAUGAAUGUUACCAUCCAAAUAUGCCUGACUCCUUUCUCACGUGUGAGACGAUAGUCUUCGCCUGGGCCAUUGGUGGUGAGGGGUUCACCUAUCCACCCCAUGUUGGACUGUCCAUUGGCACAUCAAUAGACCCUGUCUAUGUCCUGAUGGAGGUCCACUAUGACAACCCAGCCUUUCAACAAGGAGUGGUGGACAGCUCUGGCCUGCGUCUGUUCUACACCCCAGAGUUGCGUCAGUAUGAUGCAGGAGUGAUAGAGACAGGUGUGUGGGUGAGUCUGUACCACAUGCUGCCUCCAGGCAUGCAGGAGUACAUCUCAGAGGGACACUGUACCCGCGAGUGUUUGCAGGAGAUGCCCAGCGGAGUGAGGGUGUUUGCUGUUCUGAUGCAUGCUCACCUAGCUGGCCGCGCCAUCAGAACCAGACACUUCCGGGGUCAGGAGGAGCUGCAGCCCCUGUCACAUGACGAGGAGUUUGACUUCAACUUCCAGGAGUUCCAGCUGCUGAAGGACGAGAGGCUGCUGUUACCUGGUGACAAUUUGAUCACAGAAUGCAAGUACACCACAAAAGACAGACAAAACAUGACCUGGGGUGGUUUGACCACCAGGGAUGAGAUGUGUCUGUCCUACCUGCUCUACUAUCCCAGAGUGAACCUGGCCAGGUGUGAGAGCCUCCCUGAGAUCAUCGGGCAGCUUAAGUUCAUCGGAGUCAAAGAGAUCCAGGUGCCUUGCACGACCUGGCCUUUCAUGAUCAAGAGCCCAAAGAAGUACAGCAACCUCUCCUUCACGGAGGCCAUGGACAAGUACCGGUGGUCGAAGAACAGAGGGAAGUCCUUCAACGAGAUGGUUCUACAGCUGCCCAUGAAUGUGCGCUGCUCCAAGUGGGGGCAGGACGAGUGGUCGAUUCAAGGGACCAUAGUGUCACCACCAGAGGUGAAGUCUGAAGUCAAGCUUCCCUCCAUGAUGUGCCGUUCUGCCUCAGAGCCACACAGUGGAGUGGUUCUACUCUUUACCAUGUGCCUCACAUACUCUAUAGUCCAGACCUGUUUAAGCCUUUAGUCUAUAGCCAGACCACUGUGUGAAUCACACCACUCACUCUCUCACACCAGCUGUGGAAGAAGUCGUUUGACUGAAGAAGACAAGACAUUCCUAGAAUCUCUCCGCCCUAUCCAUUCAUUAUGUGUUAUUGGGAUGUCUGUUGAAUGCAAAUUCAGUCC